CAGUUGUGGAUGCUUUACUGGAAGCGAGGGGGGCUAAACGCAACUUCUCCACCAGCUGGACAAACAUCUUAGAGAUUUUUUUUUUAAAGCAGCGGUUUACAUGUUGAACAGGAGAUAAAAGUUUUCUUCUAUGUGAAGUUAAGGGAUUUUUUGUUCUAAACCAAAAUCAUGUUCACAACCUACAUAAAGGGUCUGAAUGAUAUGGUAUUUUCUACGUCUGAGAGCCCCGAAGACCAACCAAGUACUGGAGUCUUGGGUCGUAUUGGCAGUUGGCUCUCUCCAUGGAGGGGAAAGGCUCUGAAGAGUCCUGCUGAAAAUGCCCUCCCAACUAGUGAUCACGCUCUUAAGCCAGAGGGAGAAGUGGAAAGUGAGGAGUCUGUGAGACUUCAGGCAGGGGCACAACAGCGAGAGCAGGAGAAUCCCCAUCUGCAGAGUGUCUUCAGAGGCAUUUUCCCUUGUGAAGAAGAGGACGCCACGCAGUCUGCCCACAGAGACGGCCCUGUUGUGUGCAGCACUGAGAGAGGAGUAGGAGGUUCAAGAAAGGAGGAGCUUGGGGAGUGUAGUAGGCAGACAACAGGACAGGGCAAGGAGAGGGAGGAGAGCAGCAAAUGUACUUCAGCAAGUGGGAAUCCUGAGAGGAAUGACAGCCAUCUGACACAUCCUUAUUCAUCUCCUAAACAGGGAGUGGCAUGGGACUCUGACCAGGCCCACGCCCAGGCUCAGGCCCAGACAGGCAAGAGGCUCCAUGUGUACCUGGAGGAAACAAGCGUGAUUCAGUGUGGCCAAAACAUUUGUGCUGGACAGGAAGUUGUCCGCACCAGACUUCAGGUCGUCCCUAAGGCAAAGUCAUCACCAAGUUCUAAUUUACAGAAUAGUUCAAGUGCAGAGAACAAAGGGACAAAUGCGAGGCCUGCUGCUGGGACACAGGAUUAUUACAGUGCACUAGUAGAAGUGCCACUGAAAUCCCACAAAGACUCACAGUCAGACCCUGAACCAGUUCGAGAACAAAUAGAAGAAGACAGCAUGGGGCGUAAAAACUCAGCCAGAAGAAGAUCCAGGAAAAACUCUCAGGGAGAUGGAGGGAACACCCCUGUGGAAAAAAACCCUCCUAAUGCCCAACCUGGUCCAGAGGAAUUCCCUGAGUCAGAUAACUCAGCGAGUAGUCCCAAGAGCAAAAGUCAGGCACCUGCAGACUCCUCCUCCUCCAAACAAAACCCCACCUCACAGGCCUCACCUCAAGGAGGGGAAAAAAAGACUUCCUGCCCCGACACAGUCAAACAGUUGGACAACCUCCAAGAGAAACGUGCAGACAUGGAGGAAGAUGACGCUUUUUACACAGUAGAAAGGAAGACAGAGACACCAGAGUCCAAACGCAGGAGUAUUAAGGUUUCUCAGAGUGAGGUGAAGUUUUUCUCAAAAUAUGUUCCUCUGAAUCCAAAGCAAAGCCCAGCUGAAGACAACAAGGACUGCAAUGCAGCAUUGAAGAAUACCAAAGGUGAAGCAAAGGAUACGCCCAAAACAGAGAAUGAUGCGAGAGUACACACACCGAAGAAAGCUGAUGAGGAGCGUAAACCAGCAGUUGGCAGUAUUGCAGAUAAAAUCAGCCUUUUUGAGCAGCAGCAGCAAUCCUCAGGGAACCACAAGCAGACCUUCCGAACUCCAAGGAGUGCUGAUGUGUCUCCAAAUAGGAAACCCACUGAGGCGUUGAAAACAGACUUUCUUGUGUCAGAUCAGAGGUCAAGAUCAGCUGAACGUUACGACACAGAACGGCCUAGCUCACUAUCACCUGUCACGGAAACGCCGAUGACCAUCAAGACCAUCAAGGAGCGUAUGCGGAAAUUUGCAGAGGCGUCUGCAUCAGAGGCUAAGCCAGCACAGCCUCCAACACCAGCCCUGAAAGGAAUGUCUCACAAAUCCACCUCGUCUGUGGCAGUUUCUACGUCAAAGUCUCCAGAACUGGACAGUCAAGGUAAACUGGAUACAAAAGAGCUUAUACAGACAAAAGCAGUGUCAAAUAUAGCACUAAAACUAGAAGGACAAGAUGUGGCUCCUAUAGGGGAGCAAACUUCCUCCCCUGUGGUACAAGGUCCCAAACAAGACUCCAAAACAAAGGAACCAGUGAUCUCAAAAGCAAUAGAUCAAGGUACGAAACCGAACAGCGUUGAAACAGAGCCUCCAGCUGAAGAGCUGGGUGAUUCCACAGAAGCGACCAAUAACAUUAGCCCACCUCCCAAAGGCCCUAACAGAACAGGCUCCCGCUCUAAAAGACGGAAAAGCAAAGAACCAACCAGUCCCAUCAGCCCAAGCACUCAAAACACACCAGAGUGUUUUACAAGCAAGUCAAAGGUCACUGCUACAAAACAAGAAAAGGGUGAUGAUACAAAUGAGACUGCCUCUGCUCCCGAACAGCUUGCAGAGAAAGUGCCAUCUCAUACAAUUCAAAGGCAAAAAUCGGAUGAGCAGGCACUGAAUGAUAACAAACAGAAGGAAUUUAAAAAGGAAGUGGAGGUAUCGGAUAAACAGAAGAAACAGUUAGAUGUUUCAUUGAAAAAGAAGAAAAUUCACCAGCCGGGAUUACUUCAGCCAUCUGUCAGCAAAGAUGAACCUGAUACUGCUGCAUGUAGCAGUGGAACAAAGAUGCCUCUUGACAAGGACUCCAUUGAUUUACCCCAAAAAGAGGAAGAAGCAGAGGGACAAAGUCUGGCAUUCAAAAUGGAAAGAAAAAAGGCCUCUGCGGAAAGCGCAGAACCUUUGGCCUUCUCCUCACCUUUGGUUGACCAAACUAUUGAGAAGCCUUCUGCAGUGCAGCAGGAGACACUUGUUGAAGAUCCCAAAUUAGAUAAAGAAUUGUCAAUGCAACUUGAAUCAAAAGGUAAAGGAAAAAGGAAGAAGCCUAGUAAAAAGGAAAUGAACCAAACACAGCAAUCUCAAAACAAGGACAUAGACCUAAUAAGUCAUGCUGAACCUAUAGAUGUGGAGAGAUUACAAAAGUUGGUGAGUGAAAAAACAAAUCAGACUGAGGAGAAAGUUGAUAAAAAACCACUGCAGCUCCUGCCUUCAGAUGAAUGUACCACAAAGACCAAGGUUUUACACAGUGUGCAGGCGAUCACAGCGAAAGAGGAAAGUGUUGCAAGGGAUGAUGAAAGAAAAAAUGCUGAGAAAAAUGAGGAGACACAACCGCUAAAAGACAUAAUAAGACCAGAAGCCAAAGACCCAGAACCAGCUUCGCAGUCAUCAGAAAAGAGCAGUGGCUCAUCAGACCUCCCUGCUCCAAUGCAGGAUCUCAGUCAGGCAGUGACUACACCUCCAGAAAAAGCUGCUGUUUGUACCAUCACCCACUCUAAUGAGGCUGUGAGUGGCAGCAAGAGUGAUACAGAGCUUGGGAAGAUAGAGACAGUUAUAAAUGGGCCUUCUGAGUUGCAGACUCAUUCUGCAGAAAGCCUUAGAACAGAAACAGCGCCAGUGGUGAUUGCACAGCCUAAUUCUGCAUCUGUGGAAAAAACAGAGAAUUCACUGGAUGACUCAUGUACACAUGGAGCUAAUGAUGCCAAGCUCUCCAGCCCAAAUCCUAUUACCAAAGCAACUGCAGCCACUGAGGAAGUGAAUGCACGAGUCACUAAUGACACUCUAUUGCUACACACUGACCUGACACAUGAGGAAAAGAAAGAAUCACCUGUGGAGGAGCCAUCUCCUAUUUCUGUCUGCAAAGCUGCAAACACGAAGGGAGGUAAGAAAGAAGAUGGGGAAAAAAGUUCAACUGUCAAAUCAGUGCCAUCAGAAGUCAGUAGCUUAGGCGAUAUAAUGAAACUAGACCCAAGCCACACACUGUUUGAGGAAUCAAAAAAUAUACAGAGUGCCAGCGAUAUUCCUUCACUCAGGGAAGCUGAAAAUGUUACACAGAGCCCUCCUGAUAGUGCUGCUGCUAGCUCCACAGUAACUGUGAUAGAUAAGUCAGCUGUGACAGCAUUGAAUUUGCCAGUGAAUGAACUUUCAUCUCAUACCAAAAGUGAUAUAUCACCACAUUCAAAAGUCCAGCCAGUCAAAAAGAAGCCAGUCGAUAACAAUCUGAGUCAGUCUCCAAAAGCACCCACUUCCCCAGAGUCUAAUAGGCAAAUCCCAGGCUCAAUUCACCAUUCAUCCAUGAAGAAGCUCCAUUUGCCACUGGGUCUAAGCAAGGAUGAUUCCUCAAAACACCAAGAUGCCCCCUCUAGCUGGCUGGACGUGGACUUUCCCAAACGGAAACUCAAAGUCCAAGAGCAAAAGCUAACUUCUUCUGGAAGUGAGAGCAAUCUUCUGGACACUCCUGGCGAGCUUGAUGAUGAUGAUUUCGUGGAGAGAAUCAAGAAACUUUGUGCCCCGUUUUCCCUCCCACCACGGAAACACAACCACCUUCGACCACCUCAGCCUCCCUUUGCGAUGCCGGCCAUUAGGGAGGACCGCUUUGAGAAGACUUUUGACCCAGAGGAAUUUACAUUUGGCUUGAGAAAGAAGACUCAGUUUACCUUAGACACAUCAAAGAGCCUUUUAUCCAAGCACCCAAACACAGAUACAAAAUCUGGCCUAAAGCCUGCCAGGGCUAGUUUUGCAGAUAGGAGCAUGCUGCUUAAUAGCCUAGACACUCACUCUCGCCUCAGAGACAAGACCCCUGGCAAGGAAGAGGAGGAUAUGAAGGAAGAGAAAGAUGAUCAAAUCAAGGUGAAAUCUCGCUUGGAGGGGAGCUGUGUCUUCAGUAGUCUUAGCUCCUCCCUCAACAGAGGAACGAGAAAUGGAGUUCAAGCACAGACAGAGGGCACUGGCUCAGGAAAUGUAUCGCCUACUAAAACCUCCGAGCUCAGCCCUCCACCUUCGUCCCAGUCACCCCUGCCAAGCUCGCCAGUCACAGCUUCAAUCAAAGACACUCUAGCCAAGCAGAGUGAAGAGGAAGCCCGGGCUGCAGAGGCUGUGGUCAGUGACUCAGGUCCUCCACUUCCUUCUUUUAACGACAUCAAGCUGCCUGACUAUUUAGAGAAGUACCUCCCAAAAGAUCAAGCUAAGCCAGUGCAGAGCAUACAAGGACAGGAUCAAGUCAAAACAGAGUUAAUUGGGAAGAUGACCACUCCUGUUGCUGGAGAUGAAACAGACAGUGUUGUAAAACCAGGUCCAGUGCUUCCUGACACCGUUGCUCCAUGCCUUCCUGUUGUUCCUCCAACAACACAGCCAACCCUCCCUAAGCUAAAACAGCCUCGGGCCCAGCCGCAGGGAGUACUCAGAAAUAGUAUAAGAACUGUCAAGGGAUUUCAUAAACGCCCUGGAAAGAUGGUGCUGUUUGAAAAACCUCAGUUCAGUGGCCAGGCACAUGAGAUUUACAGGGAUGUAGCAGAUGCUACGUCUCUGCAGCUCUCGCCUCUCAUAUCUGUGAAGGUUGUUAGAGGAUGCUGGGUGCUCUAUGAGAAGCCCAAUUUUCAGGGCCGCAUUAUCGCCCUCGAGGAGGGGAGCACUGAAUUGGUAAAUGAGUGGGCAGAGCCUCAAGUGGGGACAGAACCACACAGCAGCCCUCCAGUGCUGAUCGGCUCUAUUCGACUUGCUGUCAGGGAUUACAGCAUCCCACAUAUUGAUCUGUUUACUGAACCCGAGGGCCACGGCAGAGUGACACCUUACCACGAUGACACAAUAGAGACAGGCUCGUUCGGCAUCCCACUGAGUACUGGUUCCAUUCAAGUGCACUCUGGGGUGUGGCUGAUUUUCAGUGAUCCGGGGUUCCAGGGAAUGGUAGCUGUGCUGGAAACAGGAGCUUACCCUUUUCCUGAGACCUGGGGCUUCCCGUCACCUUUUGUGGGAUCUCUUAAACCACUUAAAAUGGGUGGUUUCAAAGUGGAGAAUCCCAAUGAAGUCAAGGCCGUUGUUUAUGAGAAGCCGGGCUUUGAAGGCUCCUGUAUGGAAAUCGAUGGUGAAAUUUUCAGCUUUUGUGAGAGUGAAGAAGACACGGGUGCCGAUGGUACAAACCUUGACACAACGAAACUGAACUCUGUGGGCUCUUUAAAGAUCACUGGAGGAUUCUGGGUGGGCUACAGCGAGCCUGGGUUUGAGGGUCAGCAGCACAUCCUGGAGGAAGGAGAGUACCUGGACUGCAGUGAGUGGGGUGGCUCGGAGCUUCUGUCGUUGCGACCAGUACUGUCUGAUUUCAUGUCUCCACACCUCAAAAUGUUCAGCGACAAAGAUUUUGGCAAGCUGGGAAUGAACAUUGACCUGACAGUGCCUGUUAUUAACAUGGAUGAUACAGGCUAUAGCAUGAAGACGCAGUCUAUUGAUGUCAUCGGUGGUGUCUGGGUUGUGUUUGAAGAGCCAGGCUUUUGUGGUGAGUCCUACGUCCUGGAGAAAGGCCUGUAUGGAAGCCCAGAGGACUGGGGGGCACUGCAGCACAGAGUUGGCUCAACAAUGCCCAUCCUGUUGGAUGAUUUUGAGAACACAUCCAAGUUUAAGGUGCAGCUUUUCUCUGAUCCAGGCUUUAAGGGCUCUGUUCUCACUCUCGAGGACAGUGUGGCCUCCCUGCAGGAUGGUUUCUCUGUGGCCUCUUGCAAGGUUCUUGCUGGCAGCUGGCUGGCUUUUGAGGGCCAAGACUUCACUCGCAAGAUGUAUGUGUUAGAAGUGGGGAGCUACCCAGAUCUGAGAUCAAUGGGCUGUGUCAGUGCAAGCUCCUCCAUCCUGUCACUACAGACUGUUGGCUUUGAGUUCUCACUUCCAUCCAUCACUCUCUUUGAGCGAUGCAGUCUGCGAGGGAAGAGGGUGGUUCUAACAGAUGGAUCGGUCAACCUUCAGCUGGCUGGAGGCUGUGCCAGAGUCCAGUCUGUGCUGGUGGAAGGAGGCCUGUGGGUAUUAUAUGAGGGAAUCAACUAUCGGGGUGCUCAGAUUUUGCUAAAACCUGGUGAGGUGCUCGACUGGCGGAAAUUCAGCAGUUGGCAGAAAAUUGGAUCGCUCCGUCCCCUUAUACAGAAACAAGUGCACUUCCAUUUAAGGAACAGACAGACGGGGCUAAUGAUGUCGGUGACCGGUGAAUUCGAUGAUGUCAAACUUCUGCGGAUACAAGAAACAGAAGAAACUGGUGGUUUGGAGCAAAUUUGGUUCUAUCAGAAGGGACAUCUACACUGCAAGGGAUUGGAGGAGUACUGCCUAAGUCCCAGUGGUAGUGUGACAAUGGCAGGAAGCCGUGUGGGUCUCACCCCAGCGCCAGAUGACCAAAUCCACCUCUGGAGUAUCACCCCUGAGGGCUUUAUUCGCUAUACCCCCACCGCCGAUCUAGUCCUUGAAGUCAAAGGUGGUCAGCUUUAUGAUAAGAACCAAGUGAUUCUGAACACAUUUGAUCAAAGUAAACUACAACAAAUGUGGGAUGUGGAGAUUAUAUGAAAACGCGAGUAACACAGUGACCACAGACGAGGUACGCCGUUGGAGGUGCUCAACAAUUAGCUGCAGGGAAACCAUGAAAAAACCCAGUGAAGAGGUCAACUUUGGAGAGAAAUUAAUAUUUUUAUAAGAAUAUAUUAGUACCCAAUGAACGUGCAAACAGUUCGUUCUGGACUGAACAUGUUAUUCUUACAAGAUUUGUCAGUUUGGGGUCAAUUUGAAAAGUCCUGUUUUUGAAAUAAAAAACAUUAAAUUGAUCACAAAUGCUGUAAAUGGCAAUUAGCGAUUAAUGGAAAUCCAUCACAAAUAGUUUCAUAUUUUUAAAGAAAAAAAAAAAACAUACAGGUGUGUUUUGUUUUUCCAGCAACAAUCAUUCAAGAUUGAAUGAUGUUAUGAUGUUUAUAUUGAAAGGAUAACUGAUUGCAUGAGCACAGUUUUUAAAAAACUGUUGCGUUGAUUCAAAAAGUAAUAAGUUUGACUAGUUUUAGUCUUUGGAACAUUUUGGCUAUUUUGACAGUAAAAAUCAGCCUUUUAGCAUGCCAAUAUGUCAAUACUCCAUUAAAAAUCAUUGAUGUGAAUUAUGAAUUAUGAUUCCGCUUUCCGUUGUUAUUUACAUCUUAUCUGGUCAAUUCAAUGUUUUAUCGGAUCAAAACAAAGAAAAGAUCUAGGUGACCCCAAACCUUUGAGCUGUGUAACAAAUCUGUUUCUACCUUAUUUUAAUUAACUUAAAACAGUGUUAAAACUUUUUUAGAUCUUUUUUUUUUUUUUUUUUUAAUAAAAUAGCCUGUUAUUCAGUACAUAUUGCCUUUUUUUUC